AUGGUAUUUUAAUUUAAUAGAGUUUUAAAUUACGACACUCUUGAGUAUAUAUUUAUUAGAGGAGCUGAAGCAUCGGAUAUGUAAAAGUACUCGAGAAGAUAAACUGUUAUACUGAGAAUCAGCUACAAAGACCGCCAGAUGACUUAUUAACAAUAAGUGUUGAAGCAUGACAAGCCGAAUGAUGAGUGACGAGCGAAACAAUCGAGAGGAACGUCGAGAAGAGAAGAGAAGGGAAGAGAAGAGAAGAAAAGAGAAGAGAAGAGAAGAGACGAGCCGAGCGGAGCGAUCGCGCAGAACCCGGAAGGAAUGGGAAUCCUCUCAUCUGCCGCUAGCAGGAUCUACGCUAGCCAGGUGAGCACAGACAGGUAAGUACAGCCGGCUCAGUGUACGGUCGGCCAUCGGCUCGGCAAGAAGCGGCGUGGUAGAAGCGAUUGGCCGAGCGAGAGCAGAAUCUCCGAGUGCAUUCAACUCGGAGGAUCGCGAAUCGCGCGCGACGCGCGACGCAUUCCCGAUCGCGUUCGCAAUCGUAGCGGUGAGGGACGACCGUGGAACAUGUCUGGGAUAUCGCAUCGGUGGAUACGCAUUACCGGGAUGUACGUGGAUACGACGGCGUGACUGACGCGCCGGAAGCAGAGGGUGCCAAAAAUGUCGCGACCAAGGUGGACGUCCAACUCUUCCGGGCCGCAUUCCCGGCUGAUUACGACGGUUUUGCUGAUCCUCCUCGUUCGAGUCCAGUGUAUAUCAGGAUGCCAGUUUUAUCCCAUCGGAGAGUAUCUGAAAUUCGUAAGGGUACCGGAGAAUCUGGAAAUAGGAACUGAAAUUCUUUCGUUGGAAGCACAUCCGAGAGAUCGACUCGUCAUUACGUCAGUCGACAAGGAGGAGGACGCCGGCUUUUUCGCUUACAAGGAAACGAACGAGACACACGUCUCCCUCGUCCUGGCACAAUCACUGGAGGAUCUGGUGGACACGGAAUCUCCGAGAAACCUGUUAAAAUUUCGAGUUUCCUGCGACUCGGGCACCGGUGAUUCUUCGGUAUCGUCGCAUUUGUCAGUGACGGUCUACGUGGAGGAUAUAAACGAUCACGCGCCACAAUUUGUCGAUGCGCCUUAUCACGUAACGGUGGACGAGCUUACGCCAGUCGGUGUGACGAUAUUCCGCGGAAUUCACGCGCUGGACGGCGACAAGCCGAACACGCCCAACAGCGAUGUCUAUUAUGCCAUCGUGAAAGGGAACGAGCAGGGCAAAUUUUCUCUCGAAUCCGGACACAGAACUGCCUUGAUACUACGCAAGCCGGUCGACUACGAUAGCGGAGAUCGCCAAUUCGAUUUGAUUAUUACCGCGACCGAUCGAGGUGUCCCAGCUAAAAGCACGAACACGACCGUAAAAAUAACUGUAGUAGACAACGAUGAUCUUGACCCAAAGUUCACGAAGGACAUCUACAAGGCGAAGAUCUAUGAAUUUUAUCCUAUACCGGAAUAUCCAAUCUUCACAGAGAUCAACUUCACCAGUCCGAUCCACGCGGUUGAUCGUGAUCGGGACAUAAAUGUGCCGAUGCGAUACGACAUAAUAUCCGGGAACGAGAGAGGCUUCUUCCAUAUCGAUCCGAAGAACGGUUCGCUGUUCCUGAAACGCGCAAUUGACCUCGACGCCGAGCGGACCUUGCCGGGCAACACGUUCAAUCUUCAAGUUUACGCGUCGCAGGUGGACAACCCGCUGAAGAUGGCCGUCGCGCGGGUCGAAGUAGAGGUGCUGGAUCUAAACGACAAUCUGCCACAGUUCGAAGUCGAUCUCUACAAUAUCAGCAUCGUGGAGAAUCUGCCGAACGGCUUCAGCGUGCUACAGGUGAUCGCGCGCGACAAGGAUCAGGGAGAAAACGGAAAGUUUGAUUACCGGUUGGAGGAUCCGUCAGGCGCGUUCUCCGUGGAUCCGGAAUCCGGCUGGCUUACUGUCCGGGAUCAAACGAUCCUGGACCGCGAGAAGCGGGAUCGUCUGAAGAUGAAGGUUCACGCUGUCGAGCACCGACCAAGCGUCGUCAUAAGUGACACCUCCGGCAAAUCUUCCGUGGAUGUCGAGGUCACUUUGCUCGACGCCAACGAUAAUAAUCCCAUCUUUGUACCGGGCAAUCUUUACGAGCUGGUGGCAAGGAACGACGCGAAGAUCGGCACCGCGUUGGGCCAAGUGCACGCGGUGGACGACGACCUAGGCUCCAAUGGACUGGUCCGUUAUCGGUUACAGAAACCGGGCAAUUCCACGCUGCGCAAACCACCAUUCGCGGUGGACGAAAAUACAGGUUUAAUCGUGGUGUCGGAGAGUCCGAUACUUGAAGGCAGACACGCGAUUUUCGUGGAGGCAGCGGAUCAGCCGGCUAAUCCCAGCGAAAAAAGAUUCUCCUUGGCGGUUGUUACGGUGAACGUUUUUCGAGCAGACGGUCCAGAUUCGUGGGAGCCAGAUUUCGUCGGCGCGCCCUACGAGUUUUGGGUCGGUGCGAACGUGCCCGUAGGCACCAGCGUUGGGCAGAUCCGCUUAAACGACGCCGUCAAAACUAACGAUCUCAUCUAUGAUCUCCUGCACAGUUACGAGGAGGGAGUUCCAUUUGCCGUGGAGGAACGCUCGGGCACGAUAAGCGUCGUGGAGGAGAUCGAGCGCUUCGAUCGGUUCGUAUAUGACUUCGAGGCGAUCGUCACCGACGAGCGAGAGUUGACGCUGAUUACGAAUGUCUCGAUUCACGUGGUGGAUCCAAAUGACGACAGAGGCAUUUUUACAAAAGGAACGACCACCGCUCCUUUGGUCUUCCAUGUGAUGGAGAAUGUUCCCAAUACAUUGAUCGGCCAAGUGCUUCCGCAUAAUGGCACAGCAUCUGACAUUCAGUUCCUUAUCGUUAAUCAGCAGGACGUACCGGAUAUUGCCAUUAUGAACGAUGGUUCUCUCUAUGCUCCUCGAGGCCUAGAUCGCGAGACGAAGGAAAACUAUAGCGUCACUGUGAUCGCCGAGAAUUCGCGCGGCGUGGGUGUAUUUCAGGUGCGAAUCAUCGUCGACGACGACAACGAUAACGCGCCGGAAUUCACUCUGCCCGCUUACGAAGGUCGGAUCAUGGAGAACAGUCCUGCGGGAACGGAGGUCGCUUUGACAAAUCCGAUCGCGGCGAGCGACAAGGACGAAGGUAGAAAUCGAGAUUUCACGUUUGCUCUACAAGGCGAGGGUAGCGGCUUGUUUAGGAUCGAUCCGUUAACAGGCCAACUGUUCUUCAUGGGUAUCGAUAAUGGAACCCUGGAUCGCGAAACGAGAACGAGUUACGACCUGCAAGUUAUCGCCACUGAUAGUGGUGGACUAAGUUCGGAAAGUGCUUUGAGGAUAACGGUGCUGGAUGCGAAUGACAACGCGCCAAAGUUUAUACGAAUGGUGGUCCUGCCGGAUCAAGGUGUGCGCGUAUCACACGACCCUAAUGAAUCCGUUGAGAUGGGGGAUGGGGAAACAUCUCAGACUAGCGAUGGCGGGCGACGUUCGCCGCUGCUGCUGGUACCCGAGAACACGACGAUCGGCGUGCCAAUAAUCCGCCUGCUGGCGGAUGACAAGGACGAGGGCGCGAACGCGACGAUAGUGUACAGUCUGAGCAACGAAACGAUUUUGAACGAAGUGAGAUCUCGUCGUUACGACUCGACCAGUCGCCGUUACUUCCACCUCGAUCCACGUACGGCCGAGAUAUCCAUCGCUCGAAGUCUACCGUCUGAGAAAGAUAUCCGGCUGUUUGUCCUGGCGAGAGACUCGGGCGGCCUCUCAGACAAUAUCACUGUCCGGAUUCACGUGACGGACGUGAACGAUCACGCGCCCGUCUUCGACAAAUCCUGGUACACUUUCGACUUGGCCGAGGGUACCUACCGUAAUCACGCGGUUGGCGCGGUGCGGGCGUUCGAUGCUGACUUUGGAGCCAACGCCGAUCUAAGCUACGAACUGAUCACCAGCCACGAGGAUUCGAAACAGAUCGGCAACUCGCGUUCGUUCGACGUGGAUCCUCGUGAAGGAAUAAUACGAAUAAGCGGGACUCUCGAUCGCGAGAGAGCCGCGACUCAUCGUCUCCUUGUGGUAGCGCGCGAUCAAGGUCUACCGAGUCUGAGUUCGUCCGUGGAGGUAGAAAUUAAUGUAUUGGACGUGAAUGACAACGCACCGACGUUCCACGGUUACGACGAGGUAGAGAAAGAUGGCGACCGAUUGCCAAUCUACCGCGUUUCCGUUCUGGAGAACAUCCCGAUCGGUCAUCAAGUGGCCAAGGUAUACGCGAACGAUAGUGAUUUUGCCGGGAAUGGAAACGGAUUGAUCCUGUUCGACUUGAGCUAUCAGGAUCGCGCGGAGAAGCAGUACUUUGCGGUGGACAGCAAGGAGGGCAUCGUCACGACCAUCGCCAAGCUCGAUUACGAAACCAAGAGCGAUCAUCGUUUAAUCGUCACGGCGAGCGAUCUGGGCUCGCCGAUCAGUUUGACCUCGUCGGCCGUGAUCCUCGUUACCGUACUGAAUGUCGACGAUGACGAGGAAACGGAUAACGAGGUGCACAAGAUGCCAACCUUCCGGCACCGUUAUUACGAGGUGGAAGUCGACGAAAACUCCUCCGUGCCGUUACUAAUAGCGCAGCUCGAUCUGGCUGACAAUUAUCACGGCGAUCACAUAAGAUAUAGUUUGGUAGCUGACGGUUCCGAUGGCAGGGAGCACUUCUCGGUGGAUCCGAAAAAUGGUUCUUUGUAUCUGAUGACGGAGGUCGAUCGAGAGAUCAGAGAUCGGUACGAGGCCAAAGUCAGAGUCGAUCGAUUAAAAAUUGGCCGCGGCAUGCCGGUGAUGAUUUAUCCGGUCGUCGGCGAGAGACUAAAUGGUUUAGCGCCUAACGAGGCUAGAGUGGUCGUCAGGGUAAAGGACGUGAACGACAACGCGCCGAGGUUCAAGUCGAGGGACAGGCCUAUCCUCGCUGCUAUACCCACUACUGCCCAUUACGGUUACGAGGUCGUCAAAGUGGAGGCCGAGGAUCCGGAUCUGGGGAUAAACGGCGAGAUACGCUACCAAAUUCUUGGCCGGGAGGAUGCCCCGCGCUUCGCCAUUGACCCACUCAGCGGUCAAGUGCGAUCCGUGGCGAGUUUCGGCCGCGACGCCGGUCGCGUCUUCGGCUUCGACGUCAAGGCCACCGACAGACAGGGCGCCGAAAAUGGACGGAGCAGCAUCGCCAAUGUCUUUGUGUACGUGUUGGAUGAUCAGAAGCAAAUUGUCAUGGUUAUGGGGCGGAAACCUAUCGAGAUCGAGCCGGAGCUCGAAAGCAUCACCACCGCGUUGCAGAAUGUCACUGGUUUGGACGUGCGAGUAAGAAAACUGGAGCCCCACAUCGAAAAAAACUUGAUUGACGCAGCCUCCACUGAUGUUUAUUUGUACGCGAUCGAUCCACAUCUGAAUACUAUGGUGGACAUGGAUACUUUGAACAAUGUCUUUAAUAUGAAGAAGGCAGAUAUAAAACGUGAGCUGGACGAGUAUCGCGUGCUGGAGAUCGUCGGUAGCGCUCCGCGUAGAGGCAAUCAACGUUACUUGCUGUCCACCCUCGAAGUGGGCGUCGUGGUCCUCGGCUGCGUCGUCUUCGUGGGCGCCCUCGUAACAGCUUUAUGCGUCACCUGCGUUCGUCGCAACAAGCGUCGCAGACGACGAGACAAGGCCAUGUUCUCGACAAUCAGCCCGGUCGGAUUCGCCCUGACGGAUCCUGCCGGCACUCUGCAGAAGCCGCCGCUCUUUCCUACCUUCGUCGACGGUCUCCAUUAUGACCCCGAGCCCUUUUGUCCCGAGGUACCCAGGCGUCAAAGCAUAUGCGAGCAUGGCGGCAGCUGCGUCCGCUUUCACACGAUGGGCGGAGGCGGAAAACACGCGGUGCGGUCGACGGGUACCUUGAAAGGCCUCGAGGCAUCCGCGACAUCCUUACAUUCCAGCGGUCAGGAUUCCGGUAUCGUGGCACGUACCUCCUGCCAUUGCAGUCACUCGUCCAGUCCUUCCAGCGGUGAGAGCAGCAACGGGUACGAGGAUUCGCUCAAGUCCCUUCAGCGUCACGAGCGAUGCAACGACGUCUCGCGCGGGUCUCACGACACCUCGAGCGUGGUUGGCAGACGAGCAAAGCUAGCGGCUAAACGACGACAGCGAUUCCACUCCUUCUCGAAUGGCGAAUCCGUUUACACCCACGAAAUGACGUUGCAACGGGAGCAACGUUGCUGUAGCGGUACCGGCACCGAGAAAAGACGGCAAGCGGAACAUCGCCGCAUGCAUUCCGAGGCGGAGAACAACAUCACCGAGACAGUGAUACACGAGCACCCUGGAACGGAGAUCUCUUCGGCCGGCUCCCAAACGAAUCCUACGACGGCCAGCCUUCACGGUAGGUCCGAUAUCGACGAAAUUAGGAGACGGAGCAGCUGGAACAGAUAUAAUUUCGGUGCAACAUAACGAAAAAUACAUCUUAAUAGUACAUACUUGUCUAAUUUGAGCGGAUAAUCGCAUUCGCAGGUACAUCCAGCGCCAGCCACAUGCUCUAUUAGCGACGUCGAUUUGUAAAAAAACGGAGAAACAUCUCCGAGGAGCGCGAGGAAUAUAUAACGGCUGCAAAUUUUCCGUCCUUAUUCGUCGAUAACGUAAUUUUGUUUUUAUAAAUUGGGAGAAUCAAUUAUUUUUGUACGUUGUAUACGGUCUCUUCCUCGUCAAAGCGUGUCAUCUCGUUGCCAAAGUAUUUGCACGUCGUUGAAUCGAAGAAAAUCACUCAUUUCUGUAAAUAUGACACCGUUUUCAAUUUUCCAUGUUACUUUUUUGAUUAAUCGAGAUUAGAUUAGACUAUGGCGCGGUAAUUAUAUCGAUUAAGAUUAUUUAUAUAACGCAAAUAUUAAAGUGCGAAAUGUGAAUGUUUCUUCGAUGUACAAUAUAAAUAUAUAGCACAUCGUAUAUACUAUA